AAUUUGUGUAAAAACCACACCCUUUUGUCACACCAAUUGAUCGCAAGAAGUUAAUCGUGUUGCAGAGAAAGUUUGAUUCAGAGAAGAAUUUCAAUCGUAUAGGUUAUAGCUGGCAAUGAAAAAGAAAGAGUCGAUAGCGGCGGUUUUGGUGGUGUCGCUCUUGGUGAUGUUGUUUGUUUGCCACAUCAAUCUGUCGGAAAAUUUGAAGUUGAACUUCGAACUCAUUCAAUCACUUGCAACAACUCCAAAACCAGGUAUCUUCAAACGAUUAGCACCGAGAGGGCAGGACCCUAUCGAAUCGACACAUUUGCAAUCUUCAUCAUCGACAAUGAUCAGAUGCACCCGUUCCGAUGAUUACUACGAUUUCUGUUACAUCAACGGCCCAACAGUUCUGGACCCAACAACCUCCACCUUAUUCGUAAUGGAUGCCACAGGCCCAACCGUGGUGGAGAAAAUCAAGCCCUACCCACGGAAACACGAGAAUUCAACAAUGUCGAGAAUCAAAGAGUUCACCCUCACCUCCGGCCCACCAGGCCCAAAAUGCCAGAUCCAACACAAUGCCCCGGCCAUCGUAUUCAGUGCGGGCGGGUACACCGGAAACUUCUUCCAUGAUUUCAACGAUGGGUUCAUCCCCCUGUACAUCAUCGUCAAUUCUAUCCUCUACGAUCAAGUCCCCGUCCUUGCGAUUUCCAGAGCACGUGAUUGGUGGAUUCAGAGGUACUCAGAUUUGCUAAACGUGUUUAGCGAGCACCCAAUCAUAAACCUUGAUAAUGAUACUGCCACACAUUGUUUUCGUUCUGCCACCGUGGGCCUAAUUGCUCAUGGGUUUUUGACCGUAAACCCCAAAAAGUUGAAGACCCCCAAAACACUACCACAUUUCCAUGCCAUGCUAGGAAAAGCCUUUGGCCAAAGGGAAACCGCACAACGAUUCCACCUUCAGCGCCACCACAACGAUCGGCCACGCCUCGUGUUCAUUAGCCGAAACGUAAGCGUGGGCCGAGCAAUCUUGAAUCAAGAGGAAGCAAUGGACUUGGCAGAAAGAAUAGGGUUUGAGGUGAUUGUUUAUGAGCCAAGUUCAAGGACUAGUUUGCAUGCAGCAUAUGACUUGCUUAAUAAUAGCCAUGCGGUGGUUGGUGUUCAUGGUGCGGCCCUUACUCACUUGUUGUUCAUGCGGCCGGGGACCGUGUUCAUGCAAAUUGUGCCGCUAGGGACUAAGUGGAUAGCAAAAUGGUGCUAUGAAAAUCCAGCUAGAGCAAUGGGGCUGCAGUACAUUGACUAUAGGAUUACCGCGGAGGAGAGCAGCUUGGCUGAAACAUACGGCAAGGAUAACAUUGUGGUUAAGGAUCCGGCCGGUAAGAUUGGUCGGAAUUGGUCCGUGGAGUUUAUGAAGAUUUAUCUCAAGGAACAGAAUGUCAGGUUGGAUUUGGACAGGUUUUCUUGGUUUUUGAAGGCCGCUUAUGACAAGGCCAAAAGGUUUAUGGAGAAGGAAGGAUAG